GGAGUUUCAUCUUCUUCCCAUUCUGAGUUUCCCUCUCUGUGGUGGUAGCAGUGAGCCAUGCUUCUCUACCUUCUGAGGAUUACUGGAAGUUGGCCUUGCCAAAUACUCCAAUGCCGAGGGCUGUGCGAGAUCUCUUGCAACUCAACUCGAUGGAGGAUGGAAGUUCUAUCAAUGCCAGCGAGAUUGUGCUAAAUGCCUUCCCAGGAAAUGAUUAUGUCCAACAGCAAAACCCAUCAGCUGCCGAAACCCCCACUGAAGAUCGACCUCAAGAUACUUCAAGAAAAGGUUACUUCUUUGGAAAAAGACCUGCAUUCCAGCACGAAAAUGAAGAUGCACUUCAGAAAAACUACAAAUCGAGCUCUGUUCUUACCCCAUCAAAUAGCCGACUCCAUACCCUUUUCAUCUGACAAGCUACCAGAAAUUCUAAAUAGGUUUUCACUUAAGCAAGAUUUUGAGGAAGCUGAAAUAAUGAAGGAAACAAUACAAGAGUGUGAACAACCAGCCCUGGAAGGAGAUUCCAGGUUCUGUGCCACAUCCUUGGAGUCCCUAGUUGAUUUCAGCAUUUCAGAGCUUGGGAAGAACAUCAAAGCAAUCUCAAAUGAGGUUGAAAUGGUGGUUGCAGACAAAUCAGUGGUGUGCCAUAAGCAGAAGUACCCAUACGCUGUGUUUUACUGCCAUGCAAUCCACAACACAAGGGUUUACACACUUCCAUUUGUGGGAACCGAGGAUGGAACCAAAGCUGAAGUUGUGGCUUCUUGCCAUAUCGAUACAUCGGCUUGGAACCCGAAGCAUGCAGCCUUUAAAUUUCUGAAAGUUAAACUAGGAACUGUCCCUGUUUGCCAUUUCCUUCCCCAUAAUGAUAUCAUCUGGAUUCCCAAAUAA